ACUCUGCAGGCCCUCAGCCGUCUGGACGUCGAUUGGCCCGCUACGCUUGCUAUCUUCUUCAAGUACGUCAACUUGCUGUCGCUGCCUGCCAUCGGGGCGUUCCUUCAGAUCAAUAUGGAAUGCUGGACCGGAGCCAGUGUCUUCUGGGAGGUCGCGACGCAGGCCUUGUCACCGAUUAUGGUGUUCGUCGAUUUCUUGUUGCUGCACGGCCUGUCACUGCUUUGCUCCGAUGGCUUGGCUUUCAAUUUCGUGCACAAUGUCAUUGGGUUGAUUUUCACGAAAAUGAACAUAUCUGUAAUUGGCCUGUCCUUGGCACUGUUUUAUCGCGAGACGAUGCCGAAUUCCAAAGUAAUGGUGAAGGCAUUCCCAGAGGUGGAGUUCGGAGGGGAUGUCUGGUGGGAUGUGUUGCCCUUGAAUUUGCUGACGACUUUGUUCUACGGCGUAACGCUCUUUAGCUACGUGUGCUGGAUUGUCUGGACAGCCCCACGCAGGUCCAUGAUGGUUCCAGGCUUCAUUGCGAGGUACCGUUUUUGUUUCGGUUCUGUGAGGCCAGACCGUUUCUGGUGGGUAAUUGUGCAGCUCACGUACGGCACUGUCAUUAAUUUAACACAGGUCGUCUUCCCCGCGAGGAACCUGCGCUCGCAGGUGUACUUUUUGCUUCUCACCAUGAUUUUCUUUUCGAUUAUUCAGUUCCGAGCGUGGCCGCUAAAAUUCAGAGACUGCAACUGGGUGGACCUGACCUUCAAGCUAUGCCUGGUCGUGUUUCUGAUUAUGACCACCGCGUGGAUCGACACGUCGUCCAUGGACGAAAACGACAUGAAGGACACAGAGGUCGUGUAUUCCGUGAUCAUUAUGGUCGGCUUCAUUUGGGCGGGGUCUUUUGCAGCCUACCAUUUCGUCGCGUGGCUGAUCUCAUGCUGCUACCCGUCCGGCUUCACCCAGGGGCGGUUGACGCAGACCGUGUGGAAUUUGCGAGACGUGUCCGGCGCAAUGCUGAUGCUUCAGGACAGAGACCUCGUCAAGAGGCUCAUGACCCUCGGCGAGCACGAUCUUGGCAGCUUGCGCGAGGCCACGAACACGAUGAUACACGUCUUCUUCGGGAAGCAGACCAGCCUUCACAGCAGAAGACAGCAGCGCAUGAUCAUGGGCGGCGGCUUCAGGGCCUGGGACCACAACGCCACCGUCAUACAGCUCCUCAAGGAAGACACAGAGUCGGGACUACUGGAGGCGCACGUGCUGCAGAGAUGCCGCUUCCGCUUGAGCCUGCUAAAGUUGUCGCGUGCCGCGCUCGCGGAGAACUGCCUCAACUCCUACCACGACCACGCCGAGCUCUACCCGCGCGUGCACAAAAACCUGGUGCUGAACCGUCGAGCGGAAGCCCCCGCUGCGCUGCCAGGCUCCGGCUCGUCGCCGCUUCCUCGGUCGUCACCGCGAUCAUCGCCGAGAGUUGACGACGCCAGGCCGACACUCACCCAGAGCCGAUCCACUGCGUCGUCGUUGAGCGGGUCAGGUUCCUCGUCGUUGGGGCUUGGUGCCAGCGGCACCUCGUCAUCAGGCCUCGGCAAGAGCAGCUCCCGGUCACUGGGCCUCGGCGCGAGUGGCUCGUUCAGCAGCAAAUUUAUCCCGAAAGGUGUGAGAAACCACCUCGACGCGAAGCAGGCCGCUCGAGCGAUACAGUUCAGCAAGGGCGAACUCACUCGAGAGGUUUUCGUGGACAUGAUCGAGAAGAAGUUUGGUUACCUUCACUUGCCGACCGAACACGUGAAUGAGAUGUUCAGCAGUAUGGACGCGGACAACUCCGGCACAGUGUCGAUGUCCGAGUUCAUUGGAUACAUGAUGGCCAACACGCCGCACGAUUUGGUCCACCAUUUCAGCAAGGACGACAUGUCCACGGCGUGGGAGGCGGCCGGGGCUGGGGCCGAGGGCGUGCACCACCACGACUUCCUGGCCAUGGUGCACCGAGACGAGGUGAGGGUCUGGCGCGACAGCAGCCACAUGCUCGGCGAGCACGAGCUCGACGCGCUGCCCCUCGGGGAUCUCCUCAGGGCCCCGUCGUCGCCGUGGGCCUCGCCGUCGUCGUCGCGAGCCUCGCCGUCGUCGUGGGCCUCGCCGUCGUGGCUCCCGCCGCCGCCGUCGUGGGCCUUGUCGUGGCCGUCGGCGCCGCCGUCGACGCCGUCGUCGUCGCCGUCGUCGUCGUCAUCGUCGUGGUCGCGGUCGUCGGUCCGCCGAAGGCCGUCGGCCCGAAGAGCUUGGAGCUUUACAACGAGGAUCCAGCUCUACUGGCGGCCAGCGCAGGAUGCCGAGCAGAGCGCCUUUCGGAGGCGGACCCAUGAAAGCCGCACGCCGGCGGACGACAUCUUCGACCUGGACAGGGCGCCGGUCGUGCAGAGUUGCUGGAUCGACGCCGACCAGAGCACGCUGAGCAGGGGCUUUGCGAUAGAUUAGGGGUGCGCCACAGUUGUUUUUCCAGAGAUCCAACAUUUCUGGGGACCCCGCAUUGAAAAAAUCGCGGCGUCGGAUCUCGGGGUUUUCAUUGGCGAGGAUUUUUUGUGUUCGCUUUCUGGUCGCCCUGCUGUUGCUGGAGAGUUGUGCCAAGGUGAGCCCUGGGCCAGUCUCACUUUUCGCACUGAACGGUGCGUCCAAGGACCUGCGUGCCCGGGCAAAGCCUAGAGCCAUUCAGCUUUUGCCCGUGCCAUGGCAGCGCGAACCAGCGCACUGCCAUUGUUUGAAGUCAGGCCCACUUCUCAAGGUGGCCUCGCCCAAAGUGGUUUCGGCACCUUGCAUGCGAGGGCUUCUCUAUCCAGCUGCAUCCCCGCGCUCUCGGAUGGGCACCUGGGGGAAGGGGG